AAAAAAGAGAAGAAAAGAAUAUAAGAAGGGUCCGACCCUAACAACAUGCCUUCCCCUAUGUGCCUUUUUUCUGUUCGGUGACUGACUAUUUAGUAACGACAUGAGUUUGGAGAACAGUAAAACUGAAAACUCUGACGAACACAAAGCCAAAUCCUUCUUUGAUGUUUAUGGCCCUGAGGCGCGAGCAGAUAUUGUUUUCAACAAACCAGAAGCCAACUCAACCUUGAAUCUUCAAGACGUGCAAGGACUUGUCACCUGGGUGCUUGCUGAUGGGUUCAUGCCAUCAUGGGUUUUUAUCAAAAAUAAGCCUUUGAUCCCUAAAGUGGUAAUGCUGUAUGUCCCUGGCCUCAAUGCAUCUCUAUAUCUAUCACAGUCUAAAGUGCUCAAAGGUUUCAAAGAAUGCUGUGGUGUUCCAAGGCCAGUUUUAGCUCUCAGAUAUAGUGGAAUUACCUGUCAGAUGUUGGAAGAUGUGACUACCACUCUUAAAGAUAUCCAGGAGGAGUUCUUGAAACUGGUUCACAAGGAGACCAUUCUGGUUGGGCAUUCCUUGGAAAAUGAUUUGCUAGCCCUGAAGAUCAGUCAUAGUUUGGUAAUUGAUACCGCUGUGUUGUACAAGCAUCCAAGAGGAACCUACAAAGCUGCUCUUCGUGUUCUGAGUAGCAGAUUUCUUGGCAGGGAGAUACAGGACUCAGGCAAUGGGCAUGAUAGCGUUGAAGAUGCUAAAGCUACAUUGGAACUGGCACUAUUAAAAAUAAUAAAUGGGAAAAUCCAAAACUUUGCGUCUGGUGCCAUUUCCAGCAUCCCUGUUGACCUACAUCUUCAUUCUGCAGAUGAAGGGCCUGAUUUUGGGAUACCUCCAUCUCAACAAUUAUUGCGGCGGAAGCUUCUUUCAGUUCUGAGUGACUAUGGCAAAGGAUCCUCAAUGGUUGAUAACAUAUCUACAGUGAGGAGAUAUGGUGCUGAAUUGUCCAAUACAAUUCCAGUAUCAUCUGAUGAUGAAGCUCUUUCAAAAGCCAUUAAAGAGGUCAGGAAUGAAAAAGUACAGUUUGUCUGGACGCAAUUUGCAGAGCUCUAUGCAUAUUUGAGGAAGCAAGCAGAUGACUCUGAGAAGCUAAAUAAAAAGUUGGCAGAAAUGAUAGCAUUGCUGACUUGUGAGGAACAGUCUAAUAACAGAAAAAGCAUCAAAUUUGAUGUCACUCCUGAACUGAAGGAUAUCUUAAGCCGUAUGAAUCGCAGAGUCAAGAGCAUUUACUCCAAUCUUCCUCUAAAUGCUAUGCUUAUUAUUUGCACUGGUCAUGGAGACACUGCAAUAGUUCAAAGAGUGAGGAAGAUCUUGUCAGAGCAGACUGAUUCCUCGAUGUCCCGUGAGAAAGUUGUUAAAGUUUUGGAAGAGUUGCAGGCGCAAGCUGAAGUUGGUCUGUGCUUUGUAGGUGUCAGACACUAAGUCAUAUUUCUCAUCCGAUCAUACUACAUCUAUAUUCUAACUCCUAUUGCAAGCACCUCUAUUUACCCGGUUUAUCAACGGUUCAAAUAGAAUAGGAAUCUGCAAAAUGAGGCAAUUCCCUCCGAGUGAAAUUCAUUCAAUGUAAAGUUAGCUCGUAAUGUGUAUACUUGUAUAUGUGAGGUACCUUGCUGCCUUCCAUCGUCUCUGCGGCCGUUAAUGUGGAACUGAACUGCAUAUUAUAGUUGUACGUCCAAGUUAGUACA